AUGGCAGAAUCGAUUGCGGUCAUCGGCACAGAAUGCCGUUUCCCCAGCGAUGCCGACACGCCUUCUAAGCUCUGGUAUCUGAUCCAUCACCCUCGAGACCUGAGUCACGAGCCGUCGGCCUCGCGCUUCAACGCCGAUGUCUUCUAUCACCCGGACUCAGACACGACCAAUGUGGCGCAGUUCGACACCGUGUUAUUCAAUGUCCAGGCCAGCGAGGCCGAGGCCAUAGACCCGCAGCAUCGGUUGCUGCUCGAGGUUGUCUACGACGGGCUUUCCGCCGCGGGCCAACCGAUGGAGAAGCUACGCGGCUUCGAAACGGCCGUCUACGUGGGCGUCAUGCGCGACGACUACAACACCAUGGUGGAACGAGACUGGGAGACGAUGCCGAGGUACACGGCGACGGACCUGGCCAGGUCUCUCGCGGCCAACCGCGUCUCGUACUUUUUCGAUUAG